UUUCCUGAAACCGUAAAUUAAACUGAAAGCGUUUCGUUUCCAUAGAAACAGGCUUGUUCCGGAACCAGCACACAUCAGAAACCAUCCAACCCAGUGGAAAACAAAAUAAAAAUGAGAAGUAUAAUUGCCGAAGAUCCAAACUGGUCCCUGGAUUUGGUUCCCAGCUUGUCCAGCCUAUGUCAACGAUGCAUUGCAGACACAGUUGAAGAAAAGUAUUUAUUUGAAAAACUCACACCCGAGCUGAAAGAUUCAAUUCAGUCGAGGCUGUCUCUUUCCCUGCCUCUGCAUGUGACUGCCGACCUGGUCCCUGACGGUCUGUUCUGGAAGCGGUGCUGCCAGCAGCGGUGGAAGAUCUGCGACAUCUCUCAGUAUGACUACAGCUGGAAACGGAUGUUCUUCGAGAGGCACUUGGAGAACUUGAUCGAACUUUUCAUCCCAGAGGAAACAGAGUUUAAGGUCAUUCUCGAUGCACUCGCUCUCUGUAAAAAUUAUGUCAAGAGGUUGAACAUCACACAGCUGCUGCUGACUUCAAGGAAGUUUGUGAAGGGGAGAGAGGAUGAUCAGAAUGAAAUAGCAACGCUUUCCAAUGAGGAGGAAGAUGAUCCUUCAAUUUGUCAUUUUGACUUUGGGCCUGUGUUGGCUGAGCUGAUACAUCUGGAAGAGCUCCAUUUGGUGUAUACGAUCAAACAAUGUGGGAUGAACUUUGAAUGGACAAUGUUUCAAAUAACCGACAGGGACUGUAGAGCCCUCACCUUAGCUUUUAAGGGCUGCAAAACUCUGAAGGUCCUGAGGAUCCGUCAAAGUCAAGUUGACGAUAAAAAGUGUCGCCCGCUCUUGAGAUGCCUUAUGGACCAUCCUUCCCUGAUAGAGCUCGACUUAGCUCACAACAUCCUCAGAGACGGUGGUGCCAGGUCUGUUGCUGAGCUGCUCUCCAAGGGCCGACUGGAGAAGCUCAACAUUUGCAACAAUGAAAUCGACGUCCAUGGAGCCAAAAUCUUAGCUCAGGCUCUGUCAAACAAUUCCACUCUACGGUACCUGAACAUGCGUCUGAACCAGGUGAGGGACGAAGGUGGGCAGGCCAUUGUCGAGGCCUUGCAGAACAACACGACCCUGACAUACCUGCACCUGGGAGGCAAUGAUUUGACCUCCAUAACUGCUGUUGUGCUGUCAAAAGUGCUUCUAAAGAAUGAAACACUGAAGACCCUCAAUCUGUCCUGCAACAGCCUUGGAGAGGUCGGAGGUAAAGCCUUGGCAGAGGCGAUGGUUCACAACAGCACUCUAACAGAAUGUGAUAUCCGCCAGACAGAAAUUGAUGAGACGAAUGCUGCCUCCAUUAACAAGGCGAUUUGGGACAAUCAGUGUGCAGACUGCGAAAAGGAAGCUCGGAAGAGGAGAAGAAGUACCUUUUGUCUUUAAUAUAAACCUGCAUUUAUCAGAUACUGAGUCCUACUCCAUAUCUAUAUCUAAAAGCACAUUAAAAUGUGUUUUUCAAACACUA